AAUUUGGGCUUCUUAGAAAUCCCCAACACCAGUCCUAUGCUUCCCGCACUUCAACACACACCAUCUCUUCUCUCCCAUAGCUUUCACUUAAAAAAAAUUCUCAAGAAUCUCCCUUCCCGUUUGCCCGUUUGCCUGUUUGGCCCUUCCGGCGUUGCCUAAACCAUCGUUUGACAACCGAGAAACGGCGCCUGAGCCUCCCCGAUCACCCAUGGACCUCAACAUGAACCUCAACAUCUCAACUACCUUUCAGUAUUGGCUUGUGAAGCACCCAGCCAUCCUGCACUUCUCAUGGAGCCCUAGUGAAACCCCGGCCUCAAGCCCACUCUUCCUAUCCCUAACUAUCAUCGCCUACCUCGCCCUCACUUUCCUCCUCUCCCACCUCCCUCUCCCACUUAUCAAACCCCGCCGCCUCAAACCCAUCACCGCCGUCCACAACCUCAACCUCCUCCUCCUCUCCCUCAUCAUGGCCGUUGGUUCCCUGGUCUCCAUCUUCUCCUACGCACCUUACCCUUUCUGGAUCAUCUGCUUCCCACCCAAAACCCCACCAACGGGGCCUCUCUUCUUCUGGGCGUACAUCUUCUACCUCUCCAAAAUCUACGAGUUUGUGGACACCUUCUUGAUCAUCCUUAGUGGGUCCUUUCAACGGCUGACAUUCCUCCAUGUGUACCACCACACAAUGGUGCUGGUCAUGUGCUACAUUUGGCUCCACACCUCACAGUCUCUGUUCCCGGCGGUGAUCGUAGCAAACGCCACGGUGCACGUGGUGAUGUACACCUACUACUUGCUGGCUGCGCUUGGGGUGAGGCCUAAGUGGAAGAGGAGGGUCACCGAGUUUCAAAUAUUUCAGUUCAUGUCAAGCUUCGUGGGGUUGGUUUGGAUGCUCAUCUAUCACUUUAACGGGUCGGGUUGCUGCGGGAUCUGGGGAUGGUGCUUCAAUAUUUUUUUCUAUGUUUCUCUUUUGGCUUUGUUCAUGGACUUCCAUGCUAAGAGUUAUGGCAGCUCCAAGAAGGAUUUGUGAUCAUGAUGAUGAUGAGAUCAAGUAGUUCCCUUGAAUGUAUUUUGUGUUAUUGAUUUAUAAUGCAUCAAUUAAUUUCUUUCUAUUAAUUUUCAUAUUUGAGUAAUUUUUUUAAUUAAUAGUGAAGUGUUGAAUCACAGAUCUUCUUCUCUGUAUAUUUUAGUAUUAUUGUUGGCAUAUUAGUAGCAUAUAUAUAUAUAGUUGCUAUAUUUUUUUUGUCAGCAUCAUCUUUGCCCUAGAUAGUAGAUAGUAGUAGAAUUAAGAAAGUGGUUAACACCCCAUUUUGCUUCUUUUUUUUUAAAGUUGUUUUUUUUUCUUCGGUCGUAGUUAAGAAGGAGAUGUGGGUUUUCUCACACACUGCCAAAGUGCUUAAGUGUCAUAAAAAUUCAAACAUGAGAUCGUUGAUCCUUUUUCACCGAAUUAGACUCCGUUUACUUGUGUUUUAAUUUGUGGGGUUUAUAUGAGGGUUUGGAAGUCAUAAGAUGCAAAGGGACACGCAUCCCUUUUCUUGGAACGCAGUCCUUUUGCGGUAAGUCAAGUGUUAAUUGCGCACACAGGGGACAGACAUAAGCUAGGGCCUGCCAUACACUGUAGUAUGGGUUGCGGAUCAUAUUUUGAGCAAGGAUAAACCAUAUAACCCCCCAAUGCAAUUACUUUUUUUUUUUUUUUUGUUCAAUACCCCAAUGCAAUUACUAGUAGGUGGUUAAAUGCAAACAGUAUAGUCGUCACUUCAUAAUAAUUUUAUUAACAAUUAUAUAGUAAAUGUUUAUUGGAAAAUAAAAAGGGAAUGCACAGCCAUAUCAUUAAAUGCUCCAUACUCAAGACCAAUGUCUUUUUUUAGUCUAUUAUUUACUGUUGUGAGAUUGAAUUUUCCUUUCAAAAACUCGUGUUAUUAAUUCGGCCCCUCCAC